GUUCCUUUUAUUGUUAUUUGUCUAGCUGAACUGAUGGAAAACAUGGAUAAGAAGUCAGCAUGGGAUCGCUUCUACUCUGAGACCAGCAGCAGGAAUCCCAACUUUAAAAACUUUGAGUGGUUCUUCGGUUUCGAUGCUGUGCGGGACUUCAUCAUGCCCCUUUUACAGACUGCAUCGCUUCCACCCUCUCCUCUCCAGGUCCUGGAUAUGGGUUGUGGCACGUCUGCAUUAGGCCCCUGCAUCUACAGAGACUCGGUUCUGCCUGUUCGAGUCACUUGUGCCGACAUCUCCCCUGUUGCUGUGCAGCUGAUGCGAGAGCACCUUCAGGCAAAAUCCAUCAAGCCGCUAAAUGUUUCUUCUCACAUUGAGUUUUUAGAACUGGACUGCACACAGCUUGACCAACACUUUGCUGCCAAUAGUCUGGAUCUUAUUGUUGACAAGGGCACCAUAGAUGCUUUGCUCAGGUCCAAGGAAGGAACAGAAAAGGCUGCUUUGGUGUUGAAACAGUGUCUCAGGGUUUUGCGGAGCUCAGGAUCUCUGCUUCAGUUUUCGGAUGAGGAUCCUGAUGCCAGACUUGUGUGGUUAGAAACAGCUAUAGGGGAUCAGGGGCUGGUGGCUGCAGAUGUUGGGGUGCAGGAGGUUGGGGUGUUAAGGGGUGUGUGCUACUACUGUUACGAAGUAACCCCUCAGAAUGAUGUAAAUAAAUAAAUGUUAAGUCAUAUGUAUCUGCUUGCCUCAUGUUUACAUCAAACGCACAAAGACAGAUAUAUUAGCUGUAACAUUCUAAAUAAUGAUAUGUUCCCAAUCUGACUGUUACUCUAUUAUUGCUGAACAUCUCCUGCCAUCUAGUGGCCUACUUGCAUUUAAACAUGAGCAGGAAACUCCCACAAACACAGUGUCUAUCUGGUCAGAUAAUACAACUUUUGUAGUAAC